CUCCCUUUCUUUAAAAAAGCCUGGUUUUGUUUUCUUCUUCUUCUUUUUCUCUCUCUUUAUUUUCUUCUUGUUGAGUAGUUCUUUCAAUAUGCAAAAUCAUAUCAUCAAUCAAACUAAGCCAGUUCAUGUUAAUUCUUAUGUAAAUGCUGAUAGGUAAGAAAAAGGUUCACAAAAUACAUUCAUUUAAAUUAAAUAAAUAUGCAAAAAAAAAAGAGAGAGAAAGAAGCAUUUGUAUACAUGUAUAUGUGUUCCUUCUUUGGAAUCAUCUACUAAAAGAACAUAUGUCUCACCAAAGGAUUAUCAAAAAAGAAAGAGUAGCACAACUAUGGGUCAAUCUAUCCAUAUGUCAUCUACACAGAAACGAAGAAAAGUAACGAAACCAAAAAAAAUUAUAUUAGGAAAGCCAUGCACUGGUAAACAAAAGAUGAAUUUAGAAGAAUUGAAAGCGCUAAGUCGACAAGUUAGACCUAAUCAUACAACAGUAUCAUUAUCCCCCUUAACAAAUUUAAACUGCCGCAGUACUUUAAAUCAUCAUGAAGAAAAUAUUAUCUUACUUAGUCGUAACUUGAGAGAGAAUUUAUUCAGAGCGAAAUCAAGAAUGAUGGAUAGUUUAAAGAAUUCAAACGAACCUCAAGCACUUCAGAUCUAUAAAGAUUUAAUGAAUCAAUCGUCAACAACUACUUCUACUUCUUCUUCUGAUAAUAGUAGUCGCAUCUCUUCAGAGUCAACAAGUCAUAGUGAAGAUGAAGAUGAUUGUAGUAGCGUAAGCACUUUAUCUUCUCUUCAACUUCGCCUUGUAACAGAUGAAUCAGGUCAUGUGUCUGUAGUUUCAUCUGAUUAUCCAACUCCUUCAUCUAAGGUCUCUAUUCCCUCAAUAUUUGACAUGGAUAUAAAACAAGAAAACAAUCCUCUAUUUCAUAUACAAGAUCCUAUUACUAUCACUACUCCUACAACUACUACUACUACUACUACUACUACUUCUUUUAUGUCUUUAUAUACCCCUCAUGAUUACCCUUCUAUGAUGUUGGAUAUGGAAUUAUUUUUAUCUAAUCAUCCUUAUUGGACAUUAUUAGAAAAAAGCAAUGAUUAUUCUCAAAGUACUACUACUACUACUACUACGACACCGGAUGUUACUGAAGAGCAAAUCAAUUCUUGGUUACAACGUGGUGGUCAUAAUGAUACCAUUACUAUGGCCACAGAUCAAGAACUUGCAGCUUUACUAGACUUUGAUGACAUGUAAACAUAAUAUAGCCUAUUCACACAAAAGGCUGUAUAUAUACGUACAUACAUACAUACAUGUAUAUAUACAAAUAUGAAUAUCUAUCUAUCUCUGUGUGUGUAUGUGUUUAUAAUUCGCAUAAUAUCCCUUACCCUCCCUUUUCCCUCUUUCUCUACUUAUUUCCUUCACAUCUCCCUUUUCAUCAUACAACACACACAUUAUUUAUGGAAAAAAAAAAGGAAAAAGCAAAAGACAAUUCUUAUAUAAAGAAUGAUAACUAUACUAUUUUUGAAUACUUCAUUGCUGUUACUUAAAGUUGCGCUAAAUGAAAAAAAUUCCUGGUAAUAUUUAAAUAUUUAUAACGAC